AUGUCCCCCUCGGACAGAUUGGAGGCUUCGGGCGCGGACAGGCUCGAGCAGGAUCUCGGCGGGGUCCGCAUGGACUCGGAUGGCUUCAACGUUAGUUUCGACGAGGUGCCCUCUGCGAUUACUGACAUCCCUGGGUGGAGGCCCACGGCGGCCGUCAAGGCUCCACACGCGCGCUGGGCGGCAUCCGAACGGAACCCCUCCGACGCCGUCAGCCGGGGCCGACACGGCUGGUUCAUCGGCCACAGGGAGCUGCGGGGGCCAUUGCCGAGGCCUGUUGGCGCCGUGACGGUGGCAGGCAUGGCGGGCCCCAGCGGUGCCGCGGCGGCGCGGGGCUCGCGCGCGCCGCGCCCCAUGGCGGCGGCGGCCCAGAGGCGGAGACUGGCACGGCACGCGAUCGCAGAGAGGCCAAUCCUAACCAGGCUCACCAUGCUGGAGACUCUGGCCUUGCGCUCCAACACCGAGCGGAGCUACCACCAUCCUCUACGAACUUUCGUCGAUUGGUGCCCUCAGCACCACCAGGACUGGAGCGCACUCGAGGAGCUCGACGCGGUGCUGGCCCAGUACUUCUCUGACCAGUACCGGAUGCGGACCGCGUGCAACAUCGGGUCGCAGACGCUAGCGGCCAUCGCGCACGUGACCCCCUCGACGUUCAAGAAGACGGCGGCGAUCCCCCCUCGAGCUUCGAGGGCGUCGGCUGCGUGGAAGAGGCGAGCAUCUGGCAAGACACGGUUGCCUCUGCCGCGCGCAGCGGUGCAUGCAGUCGCCGGGUGGCUGAUCAGCCACGGGCAGCUCGGCCUGGCAUGCUGGAUCGCGAUCGCGCUCGCGGCCUACGUGGGGCCGGCCGAAACCCAGUACUCGACGCGCGAGAAUUUGUCGGAGCUGCGGCCUGCACUGACAGUCCUGCGCCAGGCCUCUGCGCCGGGCGUGUCGCUCUGGGCCUUCUCCCUGGAGGACAUCACGGCGCAGUUCUGGAUCGCCUGCCGCGCGCUGAGCCCCGGGGCGCUGCGGCCGCACCUGCAUCGCUUGCGGCAUGGCGGAGCCUCCGACGACCUGCUGACUGGCCGUCGCAGCCCAGUCGAGGCGCAGCGACGCGGGAGGUGGGCCGACCCCUCGUCGAUGCGGCACAGCGGCAAGGAGGGCGCCCUGCUCGGCAAGAUAGCCAGGACAAACGCCGCGUUCUUCACAUUCGGCGCCCGCGUCGAGGCGAACUUGGCGACGCUUCUCGAGCGCGGCCUCGACGGAGCGGGCCCCUCGGCUCGGGCGCCGGCCCCGGCGCUCCGCGCGCCGCACCCCGCUCCGCCUGCAGCGGGCAAGCGGGCGCUGAGGAGGCCGCCCGCGCGCCGAUGA